AUGGAUAAGGUUGUUUUGGCUAUCACAGCAUUAACAGGCAUUGUCAAUGCUUAUGCAAUAGGAGGCCAUAACUAUGGCUGGGCAGUCACCGAGCCGGAAUCACCCCUGAAAACUCGAGAUUUAAAGGAUGCCGCAGAUUUCGGAUGGGUGAAAAGAUGGGCUGCUAUUGGCGAUAGCUUCACCGCAGGAAUAGGAGCUGGAAGACCAUAUUCGCAGAGCAAAAGUGACCGAAGCUGUUCACGAUAUGAUCUCGCAUACCCUGCGGUUCUCAACAGGCUCUUCGGAUCCGUAGUGCAGGACUUUCAAUACAUCGCAUGUAGUGGCGAUCGAUCAGUUCAUAUAUACGAGCAAGCAAAGGCGCUAAAGGGGGACUUGAACUUGGUUGUCCUGACGGCUGGAGGGAAUGAUUUAUGUCUGUCAAAGAUCAUCACUACCUGCAUCUUUCUGCCGUUUUACUCGGAGCAAUCGUGCCAGGCAGUUCUGGACAAGGCACAGCUGAACAUUGACACAAUCCUAAAACCGAAUUUGAAAAGUAUUCUCAAGGCGCUUAAUGAUAAAAUGCAGAAAGAUGGCAUCGUGGUUUUCAAUAAAUAUGCCCAGUUUUUCAAUAUUGAAGACGAAGGAUGCACAAAAGAGCAGUCAUGGUCUUUUCCACAAGUACCAUCAGCAUUUUGGUUCCCCGGGAUGUUUUUUAACACCUUGCCGCUGACCAUCGAGAGACGGAAGAAGUUCAACACUUUAGUACAGCAUAUCAACAAGGCAACUCAGGAGGUUGUAGAAGAGAUAUCAGAGGACUCAGAAAUUGGUUAUUCUAUCGCAACGUCAGACUGGGGCCCAUGGCCAAUAGAGGUUUCAGGACAAUUCUGUGAGCCAGGUUCCACAGGCUACUACCCGGACCCAAAAACGACAGAGCUUCACUUUUUCAAACCUGACACGCAUAAACGAUCAUUUUUGGAACUUCUCGUAACCAGGCGCGAUGAAUCUGACACAAACGAAAAAGAGAAAAGGCAAAAACUCGAAAUGGAAAGUAUAUAUAACUCCUUGUUAUAUAAAUCAGCCGAUCCACGAAACGAGGUAUUGCAUAAACUUGGUGCAAGGGCACCCGACCCUCCUGGGUGUCCGGGCGACGGCGGUUUGGACUUGACGUUUGGGUUUGGCUUGCCGGAUCGGUGGGGGAAAUUUUUCCAUCCAAAUGAGAAAGGCCAUGAGACAAUCAGUGCAUUCGCACUUGAGACAAUGGUAUAUUUGCGCUCAAGACAGCUUGGGUUGCUGAAGGAAUUUUGCUCUACCAAAUCUGAGUUCACGUGCUGGCAGGAUGAAGGCCGUAAGGGUUAUACGAACCCAGACAGAAUGAAUGAAAAUUAUAAAACAUUCUGCAAUGGCAUCAAGGCCCCUGACAAUACUAUCAACUGGAGCAAGUCCCAGACAUUUCAUGAAGGUACGCCAGACGAACAUACAUUUGAGCUGAGGUUAUCAAAUAAUGCUCGAGAAUACGUCAAAGAAGAUUGCCUGGUUUCGUUCAACCGGAUUAUCAACGGAUGUGAUGGUAACGACGCCAACAACCCGAUGAACUGGAAAUUCGGAGGGAAAUGGGUAAGGGGAGGAUAUACGUAUGAGAUCAACGUCAAGCGUGAAAAUAGACCGUGGCCACCGAUUAAGAAACCCUACGGAAGCUGUGAGGGUUGGUACAAAGGAGUGUACUCCGACUUCAAGCUUCACGGCGCCGGCUGGUCUACAUAUGACUCCGGGCGGCAGACCAUCCUGCCUAGUGCAAAGGGCUGCCUUGGGCUCGGAGUCACUGCCUUCAAGUUUAAGUACUUUGACCAGCCGGACAAGGAUGAAAUGAAGUGGGAGCUAACCUUCCACACACCUAUAUGGGUUCGAGCAAGGUGCUUUAGUAACAACAAGGUAGCGUUUUCUUCUGGCGGCUUCACCGACGGAUGUAAGGGCAACGACUAG